AGCAUGUUGACUCGGAGACCUAAUUUAUUAACAAAGUUAUGCUAUCAAAGCAGGUUAUUUACCUCGAAGGUUACUAGAACCCAAUUAGAGAAUGGGCAGAACACCAGUAUUCACAUUCAGAGCCCAAGCUCCAAGACUGAUAUCUCUUUUAGCACUGAUUGGAUUGACCAUACAGUUUAUACAUAUCCAGAAGGAUCAGGAGUUGAGAUUACCACUGAGAAAACUGAGGAUUCUUACCCAGAAGAAAGAAUAGUGGCUACAUCAGAUACUACACUCGAAGCACAGAUCCCUCAAGAUACAUCUAGAUUUACCAUUAAAACUCUUGGAAAUCUCAAAGGGACCUGAGGAAUGGACAAAAAGUUUAUUGUACAUAAGAAAAUUGACAUUGAAGCUGUGAAUGUUCAUCUUUCAAAGGCGAGAACGAACCAAUUCCACUGCACAUCUGAUAGCCUGACUGUUAAUUCCUCCUUGGAAGCGAAUAACUUGUAUAUCACGAAUAAGAAAAACUUAAAAAUUGAUAAAAAGUUAGGCGUUCCUACUUAUGGAGAGAUACAAUCCAAAGGUGAUAUCACCAUUGAAGCUAUCUAUGGCCCAACUCAUUACAUCGGAGAUGUAGAUGAGCAGAUCCAAGAAAGUACCUCCAAUAAGAGCAAGACUGCUGAGGAAAUUAAAGACAAAUCACUAAACAUCAAGAAUGAGGGAGUGAAUAAAAUAUAUAUUGGAAAUUCACAUGGGAAUUUACAUAUCUCAUGUCCUUCUUCAACACUUGAACUUAACGAGGUCUCAAACAUAGGACUAUACGUUGACUCUAAGUCUAUCUCAGGAAUCUUUAAAAAGGUUGGCAACUUUGCCUAUCUAAAAGCAAGCGAUAAGAUAGAGCUAACUCUUGAUUCAAAUUUGUUAGGAAGUGAUAUAAUUCUGGUAAACCAGAGCACAAAUCUUAAAAAGAAGGGAAGAUCUCUCCAAGGGUCUAUUUUCAUCGAUAUACAAGAAGAAUCUCAGCUUUCAAUAGAGUACCUUUCCUCCUUUGAAAUUCUGAAAAAGAAGAUUGAGUCUAACAUUGCUAGAAGAAAUGCUGAAUAG